AGGCAGGGAGUUCUGAUGCUCCCAAAAGACCAGCUCUACCCCCUCGGCUCGCUGCCCCUACAAUGUGGAUCCUGCUUCUCCAGGUUGGGACUGGAGUUUUAAAAUAAAAUGGAUGAUUUGACGUUACUUGAUCUCCUGGAGUGCCCUGUGUGCUUUGAAAAGCUCGAUGUCACAGCCAAAGUUCUCCCCUGCCAGCACACCUUCUGCAAACCAUGUCUACAGAGGAUUUUCAAGGCCCACAAGGAGCUGAGGUGCCCGGAAUGCAGGACUCUGGUGUUCUGCAGCAUCGAGGCUCUGCCAGCCAACCUGUUGCUCGUGCGUUUGCUGGAUGGUGUGCGUUCCGGACAGAGCUCGUGGAAAGGAGGCUCCUUCCGAAGGCCUCGGAUACUGACCUUGCAGGACAACAGGAAAGCCAAGAGCAGCCCCAGAAGUCUACAGGCUAGCCCUUUCCGGCUGGUGCCCAGUGUCAGGAUCCACAUGGAUGGGGUGCCUCGAGCCAAGGCCUUGUGCAACUACAGAGGGAAGAAUCCUGGCGACCUGAAGUUUAAUAAAGGCGAUGUCAUCCUCCUUCGGAGACAGCUUGAUGAGAACUGGUACCAGGGGGAGAUUAAUGGCGUCAGCGGGAUCUUCCCGGCCAGCUCUGUGGAAGUCAUCAAACAGCUGCCCCAACCACCCCCACUCUGCAGAGCCCUCUACAACUUUGACCUUCGAGACAAGGAUAAGAGUGAGAACCAGGACUGCCUGACCUUCCUCAAGGAUGAUGUCAUCACAGUGAUCAGCCGUGUAGAUGAGAACUGGGCAGAGGGAAAGCUCGGAGAUAAAGUGGGCAUCUUCCCCAUCUUGUUUGUAGAGCCAAACGUCUCGGCAAGACACCUCCUAGAGAACAAAGGACAUCAGUUAUCACGCACAAGACACCUGUCCCUGAUGUCCUCCCCAUCCAGAGGCAAAGCGACCAACACAUCCUCGCUCCGAAAGAGCCCAGGGUCCAGGAGGAAGGGAUCUGGGCAGUUCUCCAUGACUACAGCUUUGAACACACUCAACCGUACAGUCCAUUCUCCUGAAGGCCACCAGAUGGUGGAAAUCAGCACCCCGAUGCUCAUCAGCUCUAACAGCCCCUCUGUGCUCACCCAACAUGGGGACAAGGCAGACUUCCCUACCAGCUCUACAGGACAGGUCAGCAGUUCUCAGCCUGCACCUGCCUCCCCGGGACAUUCCACAGCCAUGGUCAGUGUGCCCAGCUCCCAGCAACACCUUUCAAAUAACAUGUUUGUAGCCCUACACACUUACUCAGCCCAUAGACCCGAAGAGCUGGACCUGCAGAAGGGAGAAGGCAUCAGGGUUCUGGGCAAGUACCAGGAUGGCUGGCUGAAGGGCCUCUCCUUACUCACUGGACGAACUGGCAUCUUUCCAAGCGACUAUGUCAUCCCAGUCUUCAGUUCAACAGCUAGAAAGACAUCUAGUUUUCCUGAUUCCCGGAGCCCCACUGUCUGCACCACAUGGGCGUUAUCCACCUCCUCUGUGUCCUCCCAGGGUAGCUUUGCAGAAGGUGAUCCCCGGCAAAGUGGACCCUUCAAAUCUGUCUUUGUGCCCACUGCCGUAGUUAACCCUUCGAGGAGCACACCUGGCCCAGGGUCUUCUGGACAAGGGUCUCUUAGGAAAGUGCGGAGCAGCAUGAGAAAAAAUGGAUCCCUGCAGAGACCAGUUCAAUCUGGGAUCCCCACUUUCAUGGUGGGCUCCCUCAGGUGCAGUCCUACCAUGGUGAUCCGGCCUCAGAGGUUCCAGUUUUAUCCGCCACAGGGGAUGACCCCUUCCCCGACACCGAUAAUGGUGGAGAUGGGGUCUAAAUCUAUUUACACUGGGGAGCCUGCCCUGACCUGCAUCAACAGAGGUAGCAAGACCAGGAUCCACUCAGCAGGCAAUUCCAUCAUCAUGGAAGGCAAAGAAACGCCCAUCAAGAGUGAACCGCCACCCAAGCCGCCUGCAUCUGCGCCACCCUCCAUCCUCGUGAAACCAGAAAAUUCAAAGAAUGGCACUGAAAAGCAAGUCAAAACCGUGAGAUUUCAGAAUUACAGCCCUCCGCCCACCAAACACUCUGCCUCCAGUCCCACCUCUGGAAAGCACGACCAUCCAGCCACCUUGAAGGGGUCCCAGCAUGAAGCAGUCUCCUCGGGAGGAGAGAUGACCAUUCUAUUUGCCCACCGAAGUGGCUGCCACUCCGGGCAACAAACAGACCUUCGGAGAAAGUCAGCCUUUGGCAAGACCAUGCCCUUAUUGUCCACUGCUUCAGCCACACAGACCUUGUUUCCCAGCAAAUGAUUCUUCGGGUGGCUUUUCUUAGACACAAAAGAGGUGAAUUGCAUAUAAAUACAGCCUGCCUCCACUACAGACAUACUACUGUUCUUUGAAGGUUGAGUCUCCUUAAUGUCCCUUUUUAGUCCACAGGAAUGGGAAGGCAGGAAUUCCAGGUUGGCCUUCUCUUUCUUUUUAGCCCUGACUGUCCUAGAACUCACUCUGUAGACGAGGCUGGUCUUGAACUUAGAGAUCUGCCUGCCUUUGCCUCCCUAGUACUGGGAUUAAAAGCAUGCAGCACAACCAACCAGCAUGUUUCUAAACUUAGUGGUUUACUACGGCCAACCCCACUGCUUAAGCCAAAGAAUAAGAAAAGCAUCCAUACCUGUGCCUCCAGGAUUCAGGAUUUUGCCUCUCUUCCUAUGCGCUCAAUAUAGAACAUCUUUGUAGCCUAAAAAACAGCCAGUGUGUGGCAGUAGUGAAAUUGCUCUCAGGGCCUCUUUGACCUCAUCGUCAUCCCCCUUUCUUCUCACCACACUAGAACAAUCUCUGCCAUCUGCUAAGGCCAUAUCAUCUUCACUCCACAGAGUCACAACAACAGCUGCAAAGGGAGAGUUUGAGGGAAGGAUAUGAGAUGGUCCAUUUUGAACAUUCUGAGAACCCACUGAAACGGAAGAGAGUGACUUUCUGAGUUUGCUGACUCCAAAGCCAGAGAGCCUGAUGCUGACUACCAAAUGCUCAAAGAUGAUCAUGCAUUAAGCUUCUUGGCCCGAUUCUUCCCAUAUAUUUCUUCACAGUAGAUAAGCAGGGAGCACGGAGAGACAGAUAAAGGAUGUGUAUGGUAUUAUAGACUUUUCAUCCUUCUUCUCAAAACAAAGUGUGCUUGGAGGGCACUUGACCAGGCAGCGGGUUUAGAUCUCUAUUCUGCCUGUAACCCAGUAUAUUUUGUUCUCCUUGGUUCCUAGUCAUGUGGGGAAGGGAACUAGUUUCCCUUAUGGGACAAUGGAGGGGAGGGCAGAGGAGGGUGCUUCUUAGAGAACUGUUACCAAAGAAAGUGGACAGAGAAGAAAAGGGAGAUAGGAGGAACAGAGGAGGAAUGGUGCAUGAAACAAAUAUGGACAAGAAGGAGCUGAAAGGCGGGAAGAGUAGAGUUCUCAGGAAAGAAUAUAAACAGGUCUGGUUGAAGCAAUGUUUACACUGACAGAAGGUGGGAAAAGGACCAGAUUCUGCCGUGGAGAAAGGGUCAAAACUAGAUGACUCCAUCCAGAUGGGCUGGAAGGAGCAGGUCCAGCCAGGGUGCCUUGUGAACAGGGUGAGGGAGAGGUGGGAGGCAGCUCUGCGAACCAGACAGCUCUGCAAACCAGGGCCACGAUCUAAGACAGCCCAUUAGCUCUCAUUAAAUGUAAUUGUUGUGACUUAACAUUCAUCACAUGUCCAUCUAUGUGGACACUUUAAUGCAUAAAUGCCGUUUGCUACUAAGGCUGGGUGCCACUUAAAAAAAAAAAAAAAGACAGGUCUAAUUAGACGUUUCCUACAGGCAGUUCUUGCAGGUCUCUGGAUUGUGAACAUACAUCUCUUACCCACCCACACACUUGGCAAACGGAAUUAUCUGUAGGCUUUUCCAGACAUUAAUAGAAUAAAAUGAAACCAUAAUCCAGCCAAGGAAUACGAUACAUGUGUCAGAGUUUUUGAAGUGGUGGCGUCUACAAGUAGUAUGUUGUUCCUGCGCUUGUGUGAGAUAGUGGUUCAUGUGUAUGCCAUGAAAUCAGCAUGCACAUCUCUGCCUUCUUGAAGUCAGGACAGCCAUUAAGAUGGAGAAGUAAGACACUCACAAGGACAGCAGGACACUAUGAUUUGUCCAAGUAUGAGUAGCUAUGCCUCACCUUUACCCCAGAAAACCAUUCUCAUUAAGAAUAGCAGCCCACUCUAUACCCAGUAUGGCAGACAUACACCAUAAUGAGCCAACUAAAUGUUUAGCCCAUUCUUCCACGGCAGGAGGUCCAGUUAUUUUUUUUUUAAUGUUUGUGGCUAUCAAACAGGUUGUUUAGAGGACAACAGAGGGGCAUGCCUAUGAAAUGAUAACCUCCCAAAGAAAUAAGCAUAGUUCCAAGGAUGGCCACCUCCAUAGCACCAAACCUUCCAUCCAUUCCCAGAACUGAAUGCUUCCCAGAGCAUCCUGUAUCUUGUAGAGCUUUGUGAGUGCUUGAACGGGAUGAGCUGCUAUUUCUAAGUAAAAGUUGAUUUCACAAGCACCUUCUGUUCCUUUAUUCUACCAACAUGUGUCCGGCGUUUACCUCCGUGCUAGCCAGACACAGCAAUGAGAACAGCACACUCAUCCUCUGAUGCACUUCCUGCAAAACUGUGUAGGGCAACUAUGACUGUUCCCAUUAGAGAGCCAAGGAAACGGAAGCUUAAAACUGGCCACAAACUGGCUGAGGCAAGCGUGGGAACCCAAGCUACCUGGUGACGUAGCCCAGCUGGAGACUGUAGUGUAC